AUGGCUGCCUCCUCUGAUCGAUGGGUUGAGAAGCUGCUCGCUUUCAACCGCUUUGACGAUGAGUUCCGCAAAGCGGUCCGCCUUUCAAUUUUAUCCAAUUUGAUCUUAGUGAAUUCUCUCGAAUGCUCCUCAGAGCAAGAUUUUUCUGCCAAGAUCCUUCAGCUGCUGACAGUCGACAGCUCAGAAGCCCACGACAUUGUGAUCGAGCGCUUGAACAUGCUCGAACACUUUUGGGUCUUGUCGAAGGCUGCCGAAACCUUGGUUGACAGGUCUUUGGGGUUUCAAUUGGGUUUUGGACAAGUGGAUCGACGAGAGCCUCCUGUGCAAGUUGCUCGUGACAAACGAUCGCUUGUGCUCGGCAACUUGCUCGCUCCGCCACCUAAGCUCCCCAGAUCUGCCACCAAAGCCCUCAACCAAGAUGAUCAAGAGUUGGGCGAGAAGCAACGAUGGGCUCAGCGGCUUCAGGACAUCCAGAAGAGAGCAGGCGAGUGGGCCGGAAUCUCUGAAGCGAUUGAGCUUCCGUCGGUCCUUUCUCCAGGAGAAAAAGCACGUCUUCGCAAUCUGGUGUUCACGUCUGGCGCACCCACGACCAUGGCUGGACACAUUCGCCGGUUCGAGAAGUUCGAGAGCUGGGCCGCGUUCGCGGCCAUUCCUUUCUAUCCGAUGACGGAAGAAAAGUUCCUAAAAUAUCUUCUGGAUUUGGAUGCUAAGGAAUGUGGACCUUCGGUCAUCCCAUCGCUCCGCACAGCUCUCAAAUGGGUCGCCUUCCGAAUCGAUAUCGAAUUGCCAGACGUGGAUAGUGCCAGGAUCCUGUCCCUCGAGAAGCAAGUGUUCGACAAGCGGGGCAAGCCGCUGAAGGAGGCGCCGCCCUACCCGCUCGAGGUCGUGGUCGCCAUGGAAAAGUUCGUCACGGAUGAGAAGCAACCGGUGCCACCGCGACUUUUCAUAUGGUGGGUGGUUUGCAUGAUCAUGGCAUCGCUCCGAUUUGAUGAUGCUGUUCAUGUUCGCCCGUCAGAGCUAGAGAUCCACGAGGAGGGCAUCUUUGGCGUCUCUUGGCAGACCAAGACUGAAAGAAAGCGCCGGGGUACUAAGUUUCUGGUGCCUCGUGUUUCCUUUUCAGGAGUUGAAUGGCUGCAAAUUGGCUGGGACUUGUUCCACAGCUGUUUCAAGGACAAUCUCGAUCGAGAUUUCUGGCUACCAGAACUCUACUCGGCUGAUCGUUUUGCUGCUCAUCCGCCAACUUAUGCUCGUUCGCUGCAGUGGCUGCAUCACCUGGUGUGGCGCGUGGCGAACGAGAAUGGUGUCUCAGCAGUGGUGCUCGCCGAGAUCUUGCUGCUCACUUGGCACUCUGCUCGUGUGACGCUGUUGGACCAGGCAGUCCAGCAAGGAAAGCAACCAGAUGCCAUUGGACUACAGGCCAAUUGGAAAAAUCCUGGCCCGCUCGUCCUCAAGUACGCUCGUGCUCGAACUUCGGUGCCAGCCAAUAUGAUCAAAGAGAUCGUGCAGGAAUACCGUCAAGCAUGUGUUCCCAGAUGCAUCCGCGAAGAUGACCUGGUCGAUGAUGGCAUCGAGGUCGAGCCCUCGAUCGUGGGGUUCUUCAUGAAGACGCCUAAGAAGGGUUCCUCUUACGAGUACAAGAUCCACGUUUGCGCUGCAGACGACUUGAAUGCCAUAGCAUGUGGCCGCACAACAGCCGCCGAUUGUGAACACAUCGGCGACCUGCUGCCCGACGUCACCCUUUUGUGCAAACAUUGUGCGCGUGAACGCCCGGACGUGGCGCGCGCGCACAAUUUUCAGUUCUGA